AUGACCUUUGCCCUGGAUUGUGUUAAAAGGUCACUGCAACUGGAUGAUCCACUAGAAGAAAAUUCAUUUGCUUCCCCAAAAAUCACAAGGAAGAAAAGCAUUGAAACUUACUCUCCAACAACUGGAACUUGUCAAAUGAGCCCCUUUUCCUCUCCCACAAGAUCUGAAGAACAAGAGCACAGAAAUAGACCAGGAAAUGGAAAGAGAAAAACAAUGACUCACUUCAAUUUGACUAAAAGAAAGGAAUCAACAAAAGAAGACAAUGAUGAAUUCAUGAUGUUGCUAUCUAAAGCUGAAAAAUCAUCAGAAGAAAUCUUGAAGAUAGUGCAAAAUUUACGUAGUAUACAGGCUUUGGAGGGAAACAGAGAGCUUGAAAAUCUCAUUGGCACCUUCUAUACACCAUGUUUCUUAAGAAGAGAAAUGAAGAAAACCAAAGAACUAAUGACAAGAGUAACAAAACAGAAAUUGUUUGAGAAGAGUUCAGUACUUCCUCACAAAGAAUUAUACCAUCUUGACAGUUAUGAAUUCCUUAGAGCCAUUUUAAACUCAGGCACCUAGAAGAAAUGUACUUUCUAUGAGCAAAACUUCUGCAUCUGCCUGAUCAUAUUUAAAGGAACAGAAAAAAUGUUUGUAAUUAAUCUGCCCAGUAAAUACCAGCUCGUAGCACUAGGCAGGUGCAAGACUAGAUAAAAUUUCCUGCAGCUAAUUUAAACUUUCUACACACACCAGUAGAUAAUCUCAAUGUAAAUAAUACAUUUCUUCUUGACCCUUUAAUGUAACAAGCUAACACAUAUAAGAGGACCUUCUAUUCUGUGUCACAUUUCUAGAUAUUUGAAGUACUUGUGGAUAGAAUUACUAAAACAUGUAUGACAGUGCCUCUUUGAAAAGAGCUAUAUUUUUUCUAGAACACUGAAUAAAAUUUAAUGUAAGUAAAAUUAGGUACCAUUUUUCCAUUUGAAAGUACUUGUUCCUUAUUAAUUUACAGAUUCUUUUUUUGAAAAAAUGUAUUGCAAAAUACAAGACUAUAGCCUCUAGCUUAGGGAUGUAUCUUUAUUAUAUAUAUGCUAGUCUUUUUUCUGUGCUCGUAGAAAAAAACAUUUUGAAAGUUUAAAAAAAUUUUACACCUCAUAUGAAAUGUGACAAUGCAUUUUCCAGCACAGACAUUUAAAUGUGAAAUUAUUUUUUAACUAUCAACUCCCGUCAAUUUUAAAGAAAAGACCUGGAGAUAACAUACAACCCCUUCCAAUUUAUUUUGAAGCAUUAACUUAAGAUUUCUUUUACUCUGGGUGCAGUUUGUGUUACCAUCUAUUUGUGCUGCUACUCACAAAGUAGAGAAGAAGGAAUCAGAGUGUCCUGCCCUGUAAGUUUUUAAAACCAUUACAGGGGCAUAUGCAGGGAAGAUGCUUUCCUGUGGUGCUUGCCUUAGUGUUUGACAAAAAUCAGUCUAAGAUGUCUUUUAGUUCAGUGGAUUAUGAAAAUAAAACACUGUAUGAAAAUCUGAAACAAAAUUAACAAAUUAAGGUUAAAAUAACUCAUUUUCCACUUAAGAAUACUCUAUGAUACAAUUCUUCUUAUCAAAUGUUACCAAAAACUAACUUUAGGCUAUAAGCCAAAACAUUUCAUAAAGUAACCCAUAUUAGUUAGGAAACAAAGGGUUAAGUUGUAGAUUGCUUUCAUAUGUAAUCCAAGUUAUGCAGGCAUGUGCUUAAUGCUAUUAAACCAGUUACUGUGUGUUUGACCUCUUGAUAUACUAAGCUUUUGCCUUUCACAACAGCUGGGUCUGCUAAGAAUCAUUUCCCAGUUCUCUUCAUUGUAGAUCAGAUGACUCUCGCUUUAUCACCCUUGGAGGCCGCAUGAAGGACAAAGCAGAAAGAUACACACACAAAACUAAUGUUUAUGUGGGGGGAGGGGAAUGGGAGACAUACUUGGCCCUGAUCUUCCAAUGAACAUAACAGAAGAGAGACCAAUUGAGACUUGAAACCACUGUAUUAUUCUAACCAUUAUUUAGUUAUAAUCUAUCCACCUCCUGUUCCCUUCCUAUUGAACAGUCUCCUUUGGCUGCUCUGACUUUUGUAAAUAUUUCAUUCACUUAGUUAUGGUUUAUCAUUUGGACAGAAUGCUACAUCGGGGAUUCUUCUCCCCUCCUUAAGACCUCAAGGGAAAAUGAUUUCUAUAUACUUCGUAUAUGAUAUAUGAACAUACACUCUAUUCUCUUCAUUGCUUUAAGAAGCAACCCAAGUGUAUCAACAAUGGAGAAAUCUUCAUUUCUCAGAAAUGUUUCUGCCCUCUAAAAUGUACUUCAAAGUAACAUUAGGAGGGUUCAUUUUUUUUUUGGCAGGUAUGUUAGACAAGGAAGUAAGAUAUUUUCCUAUCUUUUGCAUAACCUAGCUGUUUAUUAAAGCACCCAUCCCUAUGAUUUUGAAUUUAGCUAUGAGAAAUGCUCUGUAAUUGGCUACUCCUGUGGUCCUAAUGUAUCACUGGGUAUUUCUGCUAUUUUGGAACCUAGCUACACCAAGUUCAAAGUACAUUCUUAAACUGGUUUCUAGUAAAUAUAAGCAGUAUUUAUACUAUUACAAGUUUCCUUAAGGAUUACAGUGUUAUUCAGUAUUAGAGUGAAUCCAUCUGAAAAAUGGAUUCUUACAGAAUUUACUUAUAAGAUACCUUGGAUGUUGGUAAUUACUUUUAAAGUUUCUCUAAUUACCUAGAAAUUGGUAACUUCACCUUCACUAAUUUAAAUUAAUAUUGUGUUAAAUUCCAGUAUACUACAAAAUUUAAAAUAGUAUGAAUGAAGUUUUACCAGCCAGCCAAGAUACUGACAUUUGGGCACAGUGAUUACAGAUGGCGACCAUGGACAGCGCUGCUGAUUCGGCAGUGGCUCAAGGCUGCUGUGCUAUGCUGUGCUGUGCUGUCCUAUGCUGUGCUGACCUGCUUGAGUCUUUAUGAACAUUUGCUUUGAGAAAGAAAUACUUCUCAAUUGUUUUCUUCAUCUAAACUGGCUUUUCUUUAUCUCACUGAGAAACAGGUAACUUCUUAAAUCAGCCUUUAGCUGACCAUGUCCAAAAUGUACGUGUAUGUGUGUAUGGUUGGAAUUGCACCAUUUUACAUUAUAACACCAUUUAGUAUACUUUAGUGGCUACUUUAUACAAGAUAUAUAUUCAUUACAUAAUAGUUAAUGAUGAAAAUGACAUUAUUGUAUCAGACUAAGAAUGUUGUAAUAUGAGAAACUAAAAAGUAGAUGUUCUACAUGAAGACUGAAAUAAAGACUUGUUUUUGCUAACAAAAAGUGAUACUGUAUUAACAGAACAAAAGUAACCUGAAA